AUGGGUACUCUGUACUCGGAUGACAUUGGAUAUUCUGUUCGGCUGCUGGGAACUCCUGCCGAGGAGGGUGGCGAUGGAAAGCUCCUUCUUAUCAACGCGGGCGCAUACAAAGAUGUGGAUGCAUGCUUCAUGGUCCAUCCCUUCCCGGUGUUGUCUGGCGCCCCUCAUCUUAUUAGCUCAAGUUCCUGCACUGUGAUGUAUCUCGCAAACGACACGGUCUGCACGUAG